AUGAUAACAUCCCACGACACCCUCAUCGGCAUCGGCCUCACAGCCGCGCUCUUCGGCUGUUACAAAAUCUCCUACGAGGCGGGUAUCAAGAAUGGGACGGUGAUGGAACGGGCGCGUGUUGUGGGGCAGUUACUGCUGCUUGGACCGCGUAGAUUGGGGAGGAUUUUGGAGGGGGAGGGAGUGCGGUUUGUGGAGGUUGGAGAUGGAGAUGGAGAUGGAGGUGGGGAAGGGGAAGAUAUGAGGGAAGAUAUGAGGGAAAUCGAAGAAGAAUUAAUACAGGAUAUAAGGAGAGAACUAAGCGGAAUUAAAGAAGAGCAUGGGGAGAUUAGGGAGGAAUUGGUUAGGGAUGGGAGGGAUGCGGGGUUGGUUGUUGAGGCGAUGAGGGAUAUUAGGGAGGAGGUGAGGAGGAAGGUUGAGAGGGGUUUGAGGAGGGAGGUGGAGAGGGAGGUGAGAAAGACGAUCAAUGAGGAGAAGAGGGAGAGGGAGAGGGAAAGGGAGAGGGAACUUAGGCUAACCGAGUUAGAGAAGAAAAUCGAGGGAAAGUGUAGGGAGAAGGAGACUGAAAAGGAAACUGGACGUGGGGAUGGGAAUGGAAAUGGAAGUGAAGAAGUUAUAAUUUCAAAAACAACUACCGAGAGUGUUAUUGCGAGGACAAGCUUGAGAUAG